AUGAACUGCAAGGUCUUGAUCGCUUUGUGCUGCGUGGCCGUGUACGCCGCGCAGGCCAACCCCGCCGGUGUGGCCACCGCCACCGCCGCCGACGACGAGAUCAAGGACUUCCCGGCCUACAUGAAACGUUUCGACAAGCUCAACGUAGAACAGGUGCUGAACAACGACCGCGUCCUGGCCAGCCAUCUCAAGUGUUUCCUCAACGAGGGUCCGUGUGUCCAGCAGUCCAGGGAUCUGAAGAGAGUCAUUCCGGUGAUCGCCAACAACGGCUGUAACGGAUGCACCGAAAGGCAAAUGACCACCAUCAAGAAGUCUCUGAACUUCCUGAGGACGAAGAAGCCGGUCGAAUGGGCUAGACUCGUCAAGAUCUACGACCCGUCCGGCACCAAGUUGAACAAAUUCCUCGACGCGUAA